AUGGGCGAGGCAAUGUCAGUGAUGGAGGUUGACACUACCGUUGUUGAGAACGAGGCAGACAUUUUCGCCCGGUAUACAUUGGCGAUGCCGCUUUUUGUACGCUUGCUCUUUCAUCCACAGUUCUCACAUGCCAUAACGCAGAACUUCCUUCUUGUCACCCUUCCCCGCAACGACGGUCCAUCGAUCCUCUUCACUGCGCUCACUGCACUGCAUCAAAUGACGUACGCCGGCUUCUUUGUGCACCUGAACGACAUGCUAUCUGUCUUGCGAUUGCGUAAACGUUGA